ACCACGAAUGGCGGUCUCUGUCGAACGAAGCGCCCUGUGAAGACAACCCUCAUAUCAGCGCGCCGAAUCUUCCCUUGCCUUUUGCCUACACGCUUCCACCGCUCGCCAAUCAGACCACGAAUGGCGGUCUCUGCCGAAUGAAGAGCCUUAUGAAGACCCAACCUGUGCUUCAGCUGCCUGGCUGCAGCAAGCACAGGCCGCCACCUACAGCAUCCCUUGGUAUCUUGUCAGGACGAGAGGGGUGCGGCCUCCGGAUUUGGUCACUCGUGGCGAUACAAUCGUGUUCAAGUGGACAGACCUGGCAUGGCAUGAUCUGUGGGUCAUCGACGAUGUG